AUGGCUGGUCCCGGUGGUGGUCCCCCUCGCCGCAGCCACACCAAGUCUCGCAAGGGCUGUGAUACCUGCAAGCGCCGCCAUAUCCGAUGCGAUGAAAACUUCCCCCAAUGCCGAAAUUGCACCAAGCACAAGAUUCGAUGCCCAUACAACGACGUGCAGGUUCCUGAUGCUGAGCGCUCUACAACUCCCGACAAGCCAGACCUGAUGUGGACACCCCAGAUUGAAGCCGCCAUCAAUGAAUGGCAAAGGACAGGUGUCUUCCCACUCCCCAGCCUGGGAAUAUACCCUGCCCCAAUGCCACAUCUGUACUCUGUUGAAGAUCUCCGUCUCAUCUACCACGUUGCGACGCUAUACUAUCAACUAGCUACCAUCGAUGCUAACAAUUUCACCCUUUGGACUCGCCAUAUUCCAACUCUUCUUCGAAUUGGCGCCACCACACCAUAUGUGAUGCACGCUCUGCUCGCCUUCUCUGCCAUGCAUAUUGCUUUCCUCACCGACUGCCCUCUAGUUGGUAGCAUGGCCUAUGAGCACCGCGGUAUUGCCCUCAAAGGGCUCCAGGAAGCCAUUGGGUCUUUCUCCCGAGAAACAUCGGAUGCUAUCCUUGCUGCCUCCCUCGUUCUCUCCUGGCAGGCCACUGACUGGCGCAGCUGGACCCAGUUAAUGCAAGGCACUUCAUCGGUGAUCGAUGCUAUGGAUCCCUGGAAGCAUGAGUCCCAGUUUGGAGACUUCAUCGCCGAGAGCAGCACGUUCCCAACCGCCCCGCCAUCUCCCGGAAAGGAUCAUCGCCCAAGCCAGCCUCGCCCUGAGGAUCUGGAUGCCUACCAACGCACGCUCGAACAGAUUCAAAAAGUCGAGGCACACCUCAAGUACCACAAGGAAGAUACUACACAGAUUCAGCAUUUGAUUGGCUUUCUCCGAGGCUCCCGCAAGAUCAGCCCUACACUCUCUAUUAGUCAGCAAUUUGAACGUCUUCAGCCUCUCCGCAAAUGGCUCUUCUGGAUGCCCGUGGGUUACCUGCAGAACUACCAUGGCUCUCCCAACUCGCUGGUCAUCAUUGCUUAUCUGUAUACCGUGGCUCUCCUUAUGGAACGUCUCUUCCCAGAGAUUGGUGCCGCCUAUUUUGGCAGUUUGUCUAUUUCUCCCGUUGAAGAGAUUGCUCGACGACUCAUGUCGAUCAAUGUUUCUGGUGUCGGAAGCGAGAUGCAAACUCCCUUGACCCUUAUGGAGUUCCCCAUCGACACAGUUAGUCAGUUUCGGUCGCGUAUGGGAUGGAUGCACCCUGAAAGAACUCCCUCUUUCCCUCAGUUCAACCCUCGCAAUUUCACUAUCCAGGAGGAGGUGCCCACUCAUGAGUCGUAUCUAUACGGAAACCCUGCUUUCAGCUACAGCACUGAGGAAAUGCCCAUGCUCAACGCAUCCGGACCACCUUCUGCAGUGAGCCCCCUGGUCUUGUCGCCGUAUCCGAGCCAGCAGUACCUCAAUGUUCCCUCACCGGCGUAUAAUGGGGCUUACAGCCCAGCAUCCUCGACUUUCGAGGGAUCUGUCGCAUACAGCGAUACCGAGGAGUGUGGAUCAUGGGACAUGAACACUCUACAAGGCGGGCCAUCCUCAUCAAUUCAGGACUCCCCUCAAAACUAUGGCGUCGGGUUCGUUACUCCUGUCCAGGCUGUGUGGAUCUAG